CAUAGUCUCACGUGCUCUGUCCACGCCUCUUUCUUCUUCCUGUUCAAACCAUCACCCUCGUCGUUGCAAAUAAUUACAUCUUCUUUCUUUUAGGUCUUUUAAUUAGGAAAAGAAAAAGAAGAGAGGGUGAGGUGAAGCCAUCAAAACACAGUGAGAGAGGGAAGCAGCCGAAAAAGAGAGCGAGAGCAGCCCGAAAAGAAGAAGAAAAGGAGGCAGCCGACAUUCACGUAUAGAGAGAGUAAACUUUCUUUCUUCUGCAAACAACACACACAGCGUCCGACGGCCGACGGUUUAGGCGGGUUUCGAGCGGCGUCCGGCGUUCCUCGAGCGGUUUUCCGGCGGGGUUUAGCCGUGGUUUUUAGUGGCGGCAGUUGGUUUCUAAUUAGGUUGCUCAACACGUGAUCUCCGGUCAGAGGAGGUGGUUUCCGGUGGGUUUUGGGUCUCGGUUUCAGAGGCAGCAGCGGGCACCAGCUCAGUGUCACCGCCGGCCAGCUCUCUCGUCUUUCUUCUUCUCGUAUUGUUGCUGUCGUUUUCUUUCUUCAGAUAAUGCUGCUGUAACCUCCCUUCUUGUUACUCUGUCACUGGUAUUCUCCCAAAACUCUUUCUUCUUCCUCUUCAAAUCGUCAUCUCCACUGUUUCUGCAGCUUAGUGGCGCCGCCGGCCGACUCUCUCGUCUUUGUCUUCCAUUCUCAGUUGAAAAACUUUAAAUUCAUUACAACUUGUGAUACUUUGAAUUUACUGGAAACAACGGUUUAUAUGCUUUGUAUUUCAAGAUAAUAAGUUGAGAUUCUCCGCUUUAGCUGCAAUUAUAUAUAGUCUGGAUAGCUACAGAUAUAAAUGUUUACUCUUUUUCCCUUUCAAUCGAGUCUCAAUUUUGGAGCCCUUCGAUGGUAGAGUUUUCUCCCAACUCCAACGCUGCUUCUGACCCCGACGGCCUUCUUCACGCUUCUUCUAAGCUUAAGAACUCUGAGCCACUUGACUCUUUUGACUCCAAGGCCAUCGAUUACCCAUUCGUCGAUUCCUUCCUCGAUUACGAUUCUUUAAAUGACUGGUUUAACGAAUUAACAUCGCCCAAUAUGGUCGAUACACAAACGCUUCUUCCUGAAGGAGAUGCCCAUUUGAGUCAAUCCGUUGAAAAGUCUGUUCCAGUUAUUGAUGGAGUUCAAUCAAAUUUUGUCAGGUCUGAAGAUUUUAAAAUAGAAAUGCAGGCGAGUGGUGAGGCUUGUAGUAACUCUACAGAUUUGAAUUCCAUCAUUGAAGAAGGAAUGUCAAAGGUUAGCUUGGUUCUUGAUGGUGGGUGCACUUCGAAGGUUGAGUUGGAGUCUGAAGCGGAUGAUGGUGAAAGUGAUGUGGAGUCAGAGGGCACAAGUUCAGUUUCAACAUCUAGUAGUAGUAGCUCUGGGGGAAGUAGCGACAAUGAAGUAGAGGAGGAGGAAGAGAGUUCAUCUUCUUCCAGUAGCGGCGAUUAUGAUGAUGAAGAAGAGGAGUACAUUGUAGAAGCGGAGGGAAAGAGAGAAAUUGGUGAACUUGAAGAAGGUGAGAUAAGGGAUGCUGAUGAUGAGGACGAAGAAGCUUCUGCAGAUGACAUGGUUGCCUGGGAUAACGACGGUGAAGACCUCGAUGGUGAUGAUGAAGACCUUGAUGGAGAAGAGGAAGAGGCUGGGGCUGAAGGAGGGCCAAUUACUUCUAAAAAUGAGCUUAAGGUUCUUCCUCCAGUUCCUCAAGUGCAUGCUACGCUGCAGCCACACCACAAAAUGCUUCCUGUUGGAGUUGUUUUGUCAAUGCUUGGCAAUCAAGUCAUUGUAGAGGGUAUUGAGAAGCACAAUCCUCUUAGCGAAGGCUCUAUUCUUUGGAUAACUGAAGCUAGAUCUCCAUUGGGGUUGGUAGAUGAAAUCUUCGGACCUGUAAAAAAUCCUUACUAUUCUGUAAGGUACAAUUCUGAAAGUGAAGUUCCUCUUGGAAUUAGGGGUGGCACUCACGUCUCCUUCGUUCUUGAGUUUGCGGAUUAUGUGCUAAAUAACAAAGACCUGUACAAGAAGGGGUAUGAUGCAUCUGGAGUGAAUGAUGAAGAGGUGUCAGAUGAUGGUGAGUUCUCAGAUGAUGAGAAAGAGCUUGAGUUCAAGAAACUGCAAAGGUUGGCUAAGAGGGCUAUGAAUGAUAACCAACAGAUCAAUGCAAACAAAAAUAACGGUAGGAAGAAGAAAAACAACGCUAAAGCUGGGAAAUUUGGUCAGCGUACGUUUGAGAAUGCAAAUGUACCUGAUGAGUCCAAGAAAUUUUACGGCCAGCGCACACCUGAGCAAGCAACAAUAUUUGAAGGAAGAAAUUUCGAUUAUCCGAUACCACAGCAAGCAAAGAUGGAUAUGGUUCAGCCAUCUCCGAAUCAAAACCAGCAAACUGGCCCUCAUUUGCCACCAUUUGUAUAUCACGGGGGUUGUCCAAACCCUUCUGUUGCAGAACGAUGCUUUAUGAAUGGAACUGGUGUUAUGUCAUCUUUUCCACCAGCGUACAACCCCUACUUUACACCAGCAAUGAAUGGAAUUAGGCCACCAGAAAUUCCAUUUCAGUUUCAGCAGCAGCAGAAUCCGUUCUUUCCCAACGGUCUUCCAAUGAACGGCAUGCCUUGGUUAUUGCAGAAUCCUGCACAACAAAUGCCUCAAAUGCCUAUUCUGAAUACAUUUGCUGGAGCAGCGUAUCCACAGGGGUUCGUAGGUCCAUCGUCCGCUCUUCCUAAUUCCUUGACAACGGUAGGAGCACAAGGAAUCCAUUCCGGUGGACUACAGUUUGGACAGAAUCAAAACAAUUUGCAGCCUGCUGCACAACAAUUCAAUCCCCCAAACUCGCACCCGCCAGGUACAUUGUCAGGAAACAUAGCACCACAACAGCUUAACCAAAACUCAUCUUCAAAGCAGGGAAGAAAAUCUCGUGGUCGCGGUGGACCUCAUUUUAGAGGUAGUAGAGGUGGACAACAAAGUAGAUGAACCAUUACUCGUUUCAACAUGUGAUAGAGGUUGUUUGCAUGUGCAAUUACUAAAUUUUGAUUACAAUCUGUGAUGCAGUGGUUGGUUGUAAAAUUAAUGAAAACGAGAUUCUCUCCAAAAAAGGAAUUUUCUUUCCAAUAAUUUCUUUUGUACGACUUACUGAUUAAUCAAAUUUUUAUUUUAAUA